AGUUCACCGCCCUUGCCGGUAUUUUCAGGAAGUCGAGGCACAGCUUUCCUUCCUCGAUACUCCCGACAGAAGGCUUGCUGUCCCAGCGGCACCAGAUACACUUGUUGCCCCGUGCAAAAAGGCAAGCUACACAAUGCCUGGGGAUUUCCGAUGUACCGGUACACCUUCCAUAUCGAAAAGACCAGGAUCUCGUACUUCAACGUGGCGGCUCGCCGUGCUAGGUUUCUUUGGCAUCAUUGGUCGUCCUCCAGUCGUGGCUUUCUACCUCCCCGUCCCCAUCCCAGCCUCUCCCGCACACCGCCCUGCUAGCUUCCUUCCCUUACGCCCAAGCGCAAGAAAAAUAUCGCGACAUUUUACUCCACCAAGACAACAGGAGGCAGAGAUCGAAAUGCAGAAGAAGCCGUUGCGUCCAACCUCCCUUCCUUUGGCUCUUCCCGGCCCAUCAUCCUCGCAAUACGAUGAAUUGAUGGAUAAUUUGUCAGAUGAUGAGAAAUACAAUAUCCUACUUCAAAGUCGGGCAUCGAGUCUGGUCCAGUUGCUGGGAAAGAAAGGAAGAGGCAUGGGAGGGAAUUCCCGGUCGACAUCGGAGGCGUUUACCCCCCUUUACAAGCUGGUGGAAGAGAUGACGGACAAGGACAUGCGCAUCACGCUCAAAAGCUUCGCGGCCCUGAUCGACGCUGCUUCGCUUUCUCGGGAUUUGAAUGUGAUCCAGGAAUGCCUGCUUCUGGCGCGUCGGAAUGGAGUGUCACGCGCUUUUGCCCGGAGCGUCGGAACCCUAAACCCUCCUCCCCCCCUCAGGGCAGCAUCAGACAGGUACGACCUCUCACCCGUGCCCUCGGACGCCCGCACCAGUGAAUUGGCUGCAGGUGUAGCGGCCCUGACUGUCGUAGGGGGUGCUUUAUCAGUAGAGGCCGUCGGGCCUCUCCUCCACGCGGAUACCACGGCGGCCUCGGUGGUGUUGGGGGGAGCCGCCGUGAUGGGAGUCUGGGACCUGACGCAGCGAAAAGGGCAAGAGCUGACGCUGGCUCUGGCCGGGAUCAACCGGCUCUUCCUUCGAGACCCGGAACGGGACGCCCACGUGCAAGCCGCGACCUUUCUGAGCGCCUACCUCCUGGGGCUGCCCUGCUUCUGCUUCUCGCCCAACGUGAUGGAGGCGGUGAGGAUGACUGCCCAGGUGCCGGCCUUCGCAGAGACCCUCUCGUCCACGGCCGGGCUGAACAGACUCCUGGUGUACCUGCUCGCGCCCGUGGCGGUGGAGGAGGCGAACUACGCCCAGUUGAUGGCCUCGGACGCCCGCCAGGCCAGGGCCUUACUCCAAGUUUUCAUGGGGCGGGGGGAAGCGAGGGGGCAG